GUACGCUACCGAGAAAACAGAAAGCGAAGAAGAAAAAGCGGAAGCCGCUGCUAGCUUUUAUGCUAGCUGACAAAUGAUUAACGUAAGAGAUGUAGUGGGUAAACAACUGAAAACAAACGAAUGUCAGCAUGUUAGCGGAGUAAUUUAGUAUUUUAAGUGACUAUUCGUCAUAUGUCAGCGCCGGUUGGACGUUAAAUUCGCUAAAAAAAACAUCGGUGAUAGCGGGGCGCUAACUAAGCUAACCGUGAAGCUAGUGAACGUUAGCCGCAGUUGUGACAGCAACCAUGAUGGCGUCCACUUACAACGCCAAAGAUGAGGACGGACACAUCACCGUGGCCGGGCCCGGAGGGGGGACACUGCGGAGCAGGAAGCCCGAAAACACCGCCUUUAAGCAGCAGAGGCUUCCGGCGUGGCAGCCCAUCCUCACGGCCGGUACCGUCCUCCCGGCCUUCUUCGUCAUCGGACUCAUCUUCAUCCCCAUCGGCAUCGGCCUGUAUGUCACCUCCAACAACAUCAAGGAGUUCGAGAUUGACUACACGGGCGUCGACAUGUCCAGCCCCUGCUUCAACUGCUCCCAGAACUUCAGCUGGAACAGCACCAGACCCUGCACCUGCUCUAUCCCCUUCUACCUGGAUCAGCCGUACGAGAGCAACGUCUUCAUGUACUACGGCCUGUCCAACUUCUACCAGAACCAUCGGCGCUACGUCAAGUCACGAGAUGACAGUCAGCUGAACGGAGACUCGGAAGCACUCACGAAACCCAGUAAAGAGUGUGAACCAUAUGCGUUUCAUGACAACAAGCCCAUCGCACCGUGCGGCGCCAUCGCCAACAGCAUGUUCAACGAUUCGCUGGAGCUGUUCUACAACGACCCAAACGGAACCAAGGUCCAGAUCCAUCUGAUGAAGACGGGCAUCGCCUGGUGGACCGACAAACACGUCAAGUUCCGGAACCCCGGAGGCAACAACCCCAACCUGACCGUGGCCUUCCAAGGGACCACGAAGCCCGUGAACUGGCGUAAACCGGUCUACGAGCUGGACUCGGACCAGGAAAACGACGGCUUCAUCAACGAGGACUUCAUCGUGUGGAUGCGAACGGCCGCCCUGCCAACCUUCCGAAAACUGUACCGCAUCAUCCAGAAGAAGAAAGACAUGGUUCUGACGCUCCCCCGAGGAAACUACACCCUGGAGGUGGUCUACAACUACCCUGUUCGCAGCUUCGAGGGCAGGAAGCGAAUGAUCCUGAGCACCAUCUCGUGGAUGGGAGGCAAAAACCCCUUCCUGGGCAUCGCGUACAUCACCGUGGGCUCGGUCUGCUUCUUCCUGGGCGUCGUGCUGCUCAUCAUCCACCACAAAUACGGCAACCGCAACAACAGCGCCGACAUCUCCAACUGAGCUCCGCCCCCUUCGCCUGAGCUGCAGCGUCAGCGUCACCAAAAUCACCAAGUAUAAAAUACGACAUGCUUUCCUGAGCUGCCAAAUAUGUGUGAAUUCUAACUCUGUAUUUCACGUCUGUGAGCGAUUGUUUGCCAAAGUUAGCGCAAAAAGUGCAGCCACAGACGACAAAUAACAGUACGUUCAAACUGUUUGGUCUUAUUUGAACUCCAAAACGUCCAGAAUUCCUGUUACAGACUUCGAAAGUAAACACAUUUCAGGUCUGGAAUUAGACCAAAGGACCAGGAGGAGGUUUUUUUUUUUCUUCACUUGUAACUUCACUGCAGCUAAAAGAACAACCAGAGUCAAGGUGGAGAUGGAGGUUUUUCAGCCUGUAAACCAAAUAUAUUCUGAUUAUAGAGACAGAAAUCACAGGAAAUGAACAAAUACUCACAUGAGAGGAGCUGAAUGGACAAGAUUAGCAAGUGAAAGUAACACUUGAGCUUUAAUUACGAUACGGUUUAAUACUGCGCUGCUUGAAUUUGACUAGAAUUAUAUGUUUACAUUCUGUAACAAAUGACACUUGUGGUUUUUUUAAGGCAGAACCCAAACAAAAAGAAUAAAACUGAACACAUAGCCUUUAAGACAUCAUUUAGGGCAUAUUUGCAGAAAACAGACCUAAAGGAUGGGAUAGAAAGUGCAAAUAUUAAGGUCUAAGAUGACCCUUAAUUAAAGUUUUAAUUCUAUUUCCAGCCUUGGUCGUGAUUCUAAAAAUGUAGCUGUGAAACAAUAAAUUUGGUUAAAAAUAUACAUAUCAGUAUCAUUGCAGAAAUACAGAAUUGAUAAAGUUAAUACAGCAGUUUGAAAUGUACAAAGUGUAAAUUUGGACAAUAUUAGCAAGUGAUUUAAGCUUUAAUUAUAAUAGAGUUUAAUACUGCGCUGCUUUAAUUUGACCAGAAUUACACAUUUAAAUUCUGUAACAAGUGACACUUGUGUUAUUUGAGGCAGAACACGGGAUUUAUAAUAAAGUAAAAGAAUAAAAUUGAACACAUAGAAGCCUUUAGAACAUCAUUUAGAGCAUAUUUACAGAAAAUAGACCUGAAUGAUGUAAUAGAAAGUGCAAAUAUUAAGGUCUAAGAUGACCCUUAAUUAAAGUUUUAAUUCUAUUUCCAGCCUUGGUUGGGAUUCUAAAAAUGUAGCUGUGAAAAAAAAACAAACUUGAUUAUAAAUAUACAUUUCAGUAUCAUCACAGAAAUACAGUGUUGAUAAACUUAAUACAGCACUGAAAUUUACAAAGUGUAAAUUUGGACAAUAUUAGCAAAUGAAAGUAUGACUUAAGCUUUAAUUACAAUAGAGUUUAAUACUGCGCUGCUUUAAUUUGACCAGAGUUAUACAUUUAAAUUCUGUAACAAAUGACACUUGUGUUAUUUAAGGCAGAACACAGGAUUUAUAAUAAAGUAAAAGAAUAAAACCGAACACAUAGAAGCCUUUAAAACAUCAUUUAGGGCAUAUUUACAGAAAAUAAACCUGAACGAUGUAAUAAAAAGUGCAUAUUUAGAUUCUAUUAAAUUCUAUUUCCAGCCAUGGUUGAUUUAAAAAAAAUAUAUAUAUACAUAUCACUAUCAUCAUAGAAAUAAAAUAUUAAUAAACUUAUUACAGCACUUCCAAAUUUACAAAGUGUCUCUAAUGUAAAAACAGAACAGAUCUAUAUAAAAGACUAAAAAGCCUUAAAAUGCAAAUAAAAUUCCAGAAGUGGGUUUUAAAUAUGAAUAUAAGUUAACAUAGACGUGUGUGUGGACCUGAGUCUGAUCUCUGAGGUACACCUGCACUUCAGGUGUGCUGCGACAUCCCCCGUUGCAUGCUGGGUAGCUGAACCGUUGACGUGAUCGCGGAGCUGCGGCGGCGGCUCGUCUUCGUGCCUGGGCUUUGAAUAAAUAAAUAAAUCGUCAUGCUUUGGCCGAUUCCACAGCUCUGAAACGUGCUCUGCCAGCUCCACACGAGCUCAGCCACUGUCAAACUGUUUUGUCUUAUUUUUUUUAAGGAAUAUUUGCUCGUAAAGCCAGUAUUUGCACGCCAGACCUCAGGGGUUUUUGAGUGUUCGGUGGGUUCAAAGUGGGUUCAAAGCCGCCAGCGUGUCGUCGUAAUGCAGUAAAUGUACGUUAACGUUGUGUUGUAGCUUCUGUCGUCAUUGUCGUCGUUUACACGCGGUAAUAAACGAUCAUACAGCAUGAAACGGUUCAGUGGAAUGUGUGUGGUUUAAUGUGGUUACGCAAACAGCUUUACCGCCGUUACAGAAGCUGAGACUAAACAUGUGUACAGUGUGUUCACAGACGCUGCAUGUGACAUGGACUAAAUAUUAAAGUGUUUAUUUUUUUUAUAUGUUCAUUUUAGAGUUGCACUAUGUUGACAUUUCUUUUGAUAUUCCAUACAUGUUGUUUUGUUGCUUUACAGAAAAAGUCAUUAAAUCUAAAAGUGGGUUACUGUG